CGGAGAGGGUUGCGUUGGUUUGUCAGACGCCUCAACUAAUAUAAAAACGUUUUCUUUUACAGUCCGUAACCAAAAUAUGCGGGCAAAGGGCGUAAUAGUUUUAACACUGUGGCCGGUUGAGAUGAUUAGAGUCUGAGUUCGGAAGACAUUUUUGGGAUUUCAAAAUUGCAUAGGCCCACCUAGGUAACAGCAUUUGUGGGCAGGUAGGGAAGUAGCCUUCCGGAAGAACUCGCGAUACAGGUUGGCAGUUUGCAUACGGCACUCGUAAAGUAAGUUUUGAAACAAGUUUUUAAUCAACUACAGAAGGAAAAAUGAAGGAUUUUCGAAAAAAGAAGCUGUAUGUCUUCGUGGACGUGCUGUGCGUGUUAGUGGCGGCACUGCCUUUCCUCAUUAUGACCGUCGUUUUCCGGCCCUACCAGAGGGGUGUGUACUGUGACGAUGAGGACAUCAAGUACCCCCUCAAACCUGACACUAUCACCCACGGCCUGCUGGCUGCAGUCACCAUCUCCUGCACCGUCAUCAUCCUAGCAUCAGGAGAGGCCUACCUGGUCUACAGUAAGAGGAUUCACUCUAACUCUGAGUUCAACGGGUACGUGGCGGCGCUCUACAAGGUGCUAGGUACCUUCCUGUUCGGGGCAGCUGUCAGCCAAUCACUGACGGACCUGGCUAAGUUCACCAUUGGACGCCCACGGCCCAACUUCAUGGCCGUCUGCAACCCCAAGGUCUGCAAAGGCUACAUGCUGGAUAUCAACUGCACCGGCAACUCUCAUGACGUCACUGCGUCCAGGUUGUCCUUCUACUCCGGCCACUCCUCCUUCGGGAUGUACUGUAUGCUGUUUCUAGCAUUGUAUGUCCAGGCGAGGCUGAGGGCAAAGUGGGCCAGACUCCUCCGACCCACAAUCCAGUUCUUCCUGGUGGCCUUUGCAGUGUACGUGGGCUACACCCGCGUGUCCGAUUACAAGCACCACUGGAGCGACGUUCUGGUGGGCCUCCUCCAAGGCGCUCUCAUUGCCAUCCUCAACGUGCGCCACGUGUCAGACUUAUUCAAGCAGGGUCCUCCCCACUGCUCCAGCCCAGAGACGGUCGAGAACGAGGAACUGGAGCGCCGCAAACCCAGCCUGCAGAUGGCAGAUGCAGAUCACAACAACCAUUACAGCUACCCAGGGCCUGUGUGAGAGGGGCCAACCCAGUCAACCACUCUCACAACAAGCUCCCACAAACCACUGGACUGACUGAGGGGGCUGCGCACAUUACCAGAAUCCUCUAUGGCCUGGGUGCACCAGCGCAUGAGUGGGAGAGGACUUUUAUAUUGAGACAUCAUCGUUGAUGUUCACUAGUUUUUUAGUAUAUUCGUCUCAGAUGUUUUUAUGUUGCUUUUUUUAACACAAUAGAUUAGGUAAGAGUACCAAACAUUCAGAUAAGAAAGAAAGACCAUUCUCAGAAGAGAAGAUGUCUAGAUGAGUCCCAUUUUAGUGCACCUUAGUCAUAUGAGUAAUCUGAACUUCAGUGGGAGUUUCGGAUUGAUAUGUUGAAUGUUUCACCUAUGUGAAAUGGACUGCAGAGAUUUAGAAAUGUUGAUUGUGUAAGCUUGAUAUACCACUAGAUCACAAACAAUCAAUGCAAACGUUUGGCAUAAAGAUUUUAGAAAUUGAAAAUUAGAAAUUCUGAUUUUAGCUACGCACAUUCUAGCAUCAAUCACUCUAUUUUUUUUUAAAUGACGAAAUCAAUGUUUUAACAGGAACAUUGUUCCUUUGACAAGAAUUGAAGGUAUUUGGAAAGUGCAUAUUCAUUUUUAUUUUAUAGAUUACUUUAUUCACAAGGUUGGAAAUGUCUAUUAUGCCAGCUCUGUUAAGGUAUUGUGCAAUCACAAUCACCCCUGUUAGCCACUAUGAGCCACAAAUACUGUAUCUGCUAAUAUUAUGGCAUUUUUCUUUUUUCAGGUAUGUUAUUUUUUUCUGUGGCCCAUAUCAAACCAGUGCCUUCUUGGACUAGUGCCCUUUAAGAUUGACACAAAUGGAUCAAAUCCCAAGUUCAGAACACAAACCAGAUACCUUAACAUGAGCCUUUAAGAGUUGUAAUGAUACAGCUUACCAUUCGAGUCAUUUAUGGCAAGCUGGUAUAAUGCUCUAUGCAAAGUUCAAAGAUUUUUCCUUACCUGUGUGGACUGCUGGGGCUAAUUUGUGAAGAAAUGCUCCUGUACAGUGACUAUGUCAGGCCUGGCCCUGCUUGGCACAGGAGGACUGAUGACAGAUCAGUCAGCUCUGGCAGAGAGAGGCUCACCUCUGGUAGUGAUUGUGAGGCUCAGAGAGCUGACUCAGAGCUGGCCUGUGACUGUGGAAUGGCAAGGUACUCAGAAGGGCCUCCUGCGGAGACGCGGGUCCUAUGGACUUCAAGAAUUUUAAAGACUUUUCUUUGAAUUCCAUAAAUGAUAACCACCUGGAGCAGCUUCAGUGAAGUGUUGUUGUUGUGUAACGUCUCACCUGUGUAUUACUGAAUCCCCCAGCGCAAAUUUACCCAUGAAGCAAUAGUAUCACAGUGUUAUGGGGUUUGAGUUUCCUCCAGGUUUCCAUCAUAAAAGGCGUGUGUGUGUUUCAUAUGUAAUAAUACUAUUCCCAUUAGAGGAUUGGUGCCUAAGGUCCUGGUUGGCCAUUAUAUGUACAGUUGAAGUCGGGAGUUUACAUACACCUUAGCCAAGUACAUUUAAACUCAGUUUUUCACAAUUCCUGACAUUUAAUCCUAGUAAAA